GAGUGGCGGUUCAGGCUUUUUCAGCAGCAGCUCCUCUCUAAAUCAGAAUCCACUGACGAAGACAAAAUGAGCUGCAGAGCCGGCCUGCUGCUGUUCCUCCUGGGUUUACAGCUGGAAAUGUACGGACUGAGAGCUGAGAGCACGCAGGAAAAUACAGGGCCAGUGUUUGUGUCGCAGCAGACGGCACACACCGUGCUGCGUCGACAGCGCAGAUUCAACAGCGGCCAUCUUGAGGAGUUUCUCCAGAAAGAUAACCUGGAGCGUGAAUGUAAAGAGGAGGUUUGCACUAUGGAGGAGGCCAGGGAGGUGUUUGAGAACCAUGAAAAAACUAUGGAGUUUUGGGCGAUCUAUAUCGACGGCGACCAGUGCGACCCUCCGCCCUGCCUGAAUGGAGGUGUGUGCCAAGACGGGAUGAGCUCUUACUUGUGCUGGUGCAAACCCAACUUCAGAGGCAAAAACUGUGAAAUUGACAUUAACCAGUGUUCCAUCAACAAUGGUGGCUGCAUGCAUUUCUGUGUGAUGCAGGCACAGCGGGUUGUUUGUCACUGUGCAGCUGGUUACAAACUCGGUCUAGAUAAAACCAGCUGUGAACCAACCGAGGAGUUCAGCUGUGGUCGUGUGAAUCUUGGUACUCACACCAGGUCCAUCCAAAGACAGCAGACAUCCAACUACACAUUCUCCCCCAGAACUGUACAGAAUUCCACCACCCUUCAGGAGGACGACUACUAUGAAGACGAUCUGAUGCAGUUGAGUGAUUACUUUGACCUUCUAUUUAAUGAAUCAGACGUCGAUGACAUCUCCCAUAAGGCAAAGGUGAAGGCGCGUUCUGUGGAGCCAGAUUCUGGUCCCUCAACUGGAGCUGAAGGAGGUAUUGAAGGAGAUACCCCCAACACUCCCCCCGAGGCAAAUCAAGACUCCUCGUGGGGGUUCCCCACAAUGGCCCCCAUCAAAUUAAAGAAAAACUAUCAGCACAGGAUUGUGGGAGGCGAUGUGGCGUUUCCCGGAGAAAUUCCAUGGCAGGUGACACUGAUGACCCGCCCACAAAGUCAGAACAGAGCGCAGCCGUUCUGCGGUGGAUCUCUGCUCAGUGAAUUCUGGGUAAUCACUGCUGCCCACUGUCUGACACACGUGGAACUGAAUUUCAUAGUCAGAGCUGGUGAACAUGACGUGAACGUGGACGAAGGCCCUGAGAGGGACCAUGUGGUGGCACAGAAGCACAUCCACCCGUCCUAUAACCCCAGGAUAUCUGAGUACAACCACGACAUCGCCUUACUGAAGCUCGCCACCCCCGUCGAGCUGUCCAACCAGAGGCGGCCCAUCUGCUUGGGCCCAAAGUUUUUCAUACAGAACCUCGUCAGGGAGGCCACCAGCUCCCUGGUGAGCGGAUGGGGAAAACUGAGGUUCUACGGCCCAGAAGCCACCAAGCUUCAGAAACUGGAGAUCCCGUACGUGGAGCGUCCAGUGUGCAAGGAGAGCAGCUCGGACCAAAUCACACGCUUCAUGUUCUGCGCCGGCUUCGCCGACCAGCAGAAGGAUUCCUGCAAGGGGGACAGUGGAGGGCCACACGCCACCAACUACAAAGGAACAUGGUUCCUGACGGGGAUCGUCAGCUGGGGGGAGGAAUGCGCCAAAGAAGGAAAGUACGGCAUCUACACCAGAGUUUCACACUAUUACCCCUGGAUUGUAAAAAUAACUGGAAUCAGAAUGACCAACUGAUGAAAACCCCUCUGAAAACAUCUUCAAAUGCUGCUGAACUUUUAGCUCAAGUUUGUUCUUCCAAUAAAAAUGAAGUACUUAUAUUGAGGUUUUCAUGUUUCUAAUGGAAUAUUCAAGAAAUAAAACUAAAACCCCUCA